AUGCAGGGCUCGGGCUUCCCGCCGCUCGGCCACCUGCCGCACUGGCCGCGCGCGGGGCAGCCGGAGCGGCCCGGACGGUCCUUCGCGCCCGCCGGGCCCGGGCCGGCCGACGCCCCGCCGCCGCACACGCCGCCUUCGAGGCGGGCGGCCCCCGAGCUGGAACGCAGCCUGCAGUUCCUGCAGCAGCAACACGGCGAGACGCUCCGGCAUCUGCACCAGGAGAUCGAGCGGCUGAAGCGGCGCAACCAGGAUCUGCAGUACCGGCUCAUCAUGCAACCGCUGCUUCAGCAGGCAGGCUUCCUCUCCGCGGACAGCGAAGGCGCCUCUGCUGGCAGGGCCAAGGCGAAGCAGGCCGGCGGCGGCCGCAGGGAGUCGGAGGGGCGGCUGGAAGAUGCUGAGCCGAAGGGCGGCGAGGACGAGGCUCCGGCCGAAGAGGAGGAUGCAGCGGAGGGGAGCCCCGAGUGGGAGAGGCACGCCGAAGGACUCACUGCGGAGCCCCAGGAGGCGGCGGCGGCUGCAGCCCCGGCCAGAGACGCUGCUGUCUGCGACCAGAGGACGUCACCGAUGUCUGUGCUUCAUCUGCCAGCAAGCCAGAGCAGGGCUGGAGACGUGAAAAUCCCCUCUGCAUCUUCCAACCCUUUCUUGGUGAACGUACUGCCUUCCUACAUGCGGAAGCCCCCCAGCCUGGAGGAAUGUGAGGUGGUGAUUCGCCAGCUGUGGAACAUUAACCACAUGCAGAUGCAAGAGCUGAUGUACUUGAGAUCAUGCCUGGAUGAUAUACACAAGACCAAAAGAAUUCCUGAAGAUUACAUGUUAGCUGGUCAACUUGGGAGCCAGGAGAACACCAAGUUGCCCAGAGUGAGGAAUGCCCCAAAGAAAUGGCCCACUUUGUUUUCCAGCCGGAUCCUGACCCCGCUGCCUGCUGCCGAAAGAGCUGUGCUGCCCGCCCUGAAGCAGACGCUGGGGAACGCUUUUGCCGAGAGGCAGAAGCGAGCACAAGCCGUUCAGAGGAACAGGCUGCACAGGACCGCCCUGUAGCCAGGAGAACCCCCACAGCCGCCUCUGCAGCCGGCUGCCUUUGGGACCCCCCACAUGAGCCCCUCAGGCUGCUUCCAAGGCCUUUUCCCCUCAUUUUUGUUAGACUUUGUAUGUUCAUGCUCGCUGCACUACAGACAGCCACAGUUCUAGUGCUUAAUUGCUAAGGAUGCUUUUCCUUCCAAAGAAAGCGGUCUCCUCCGGCUUCAAUAGCAUAAUUGGAGGCCCAACACAGGCGAGCCUGUUUAGAUCAAAGGGAUUUGUGAAAAUGUAAACGUGGGUUGGCAAAAAAAGGCUGGGUGUUAAAUACUGUAACAAUAGAUUUAUUACAAUAAAACAAUGAUUUGUGUCUGAAA